AUGGCCCCAGUGGACUCAGGCGUCUACAUGCAGGUCUGGCGGCUCGUCAGCCCUGAUGGGACACGGUUCAAAUACCGUCUCUGGAUCAACUUGCAGGCUAUCAGCAAGGAAGAAGUGAACAUCAACGGCCCCAAAGCACCGUCUGAUCCCAAUCAUAUCAACAACAGCAACACCCGCGGCGCUGCUUCACCUACCAUGCAACACCCUCAUGAACCUCGAUUCAACACCGACUUGCUCGGCCAGCUCUCUUCUAACCUCUCCUCCGCUACCAACUUCAACCACUUGUCGGACAAAUUCACGUCUGAAAACGACAAUAGUGACGCAGCUCGUCACCUAUUCUGA